UGCCACUUGGGCGGACUUCUUUUCUCUUCCUGUUUCUGAUUGGUCUUCACCACCCAAUCGUGUAGGUCAUUGGUGAGAGCGAGCAACGUCCCCUGUCGGUAUGGCCGAUAAGCGGGCGGAGUUGGCCUCCAGGACGGGUGUCAGGAUGUUUUCCCUGAAGAAAUGGAACGCGGUGGCGAUGUGGAGCUGGGAUGUGGAGUGUGACACGUGCGCCAUCUGCAGGGUGCAGGUCAUGGAUGCGUGCCUGCGCUGCCAAGCUGAGAACAAGCAGGAAGACUGUGUAGUGGUAUGGGGAGAAUGUAAUCAUUCGUUUCACAACUGCUGUAUGUCCCUGUGGGUGAAGCAGAACAACCGAUGCCCCCUGUGCCAACAAGACUGGGUGGUUCAGAGAAUAGGCAAAUAGAUCUUCCUAUGUCUGGAGAAGAAGACCUGCCCUGGCUUAGAAGAGCCACUUGAUUGUGGUUGGCUUGUUUGUGCUUUCAAAAGAAGACUUUUAUACAGUUUCCUGCAUGUGACUUGGAGUUUUCUGUUGCCAGAGGUCCAUGUGCGUUAAUAGUUGCGUAUGGAGAGGUUGAUUGGCUGUUAAUAUGCUUUGUCUACAGGUGCCUCUGAAAGAAAAUACCUCUGGGCAGAUAAAGUAUUGUCCUGAUCUAUGUGCAUGCAGGUGUGGACUCAAAAUCCAUUGAUUUGGAAGCAGAAUAAAGUUAAUGUAUUAGGUUGGUAGUAA